CGAACUCUCGGGGGCGAACUCUCGCCGCUAGCUGCCCCGGCACACCUCGGGCGGUUGCGAACGCUCUGCCACCAAUGGCAUCCGCCCGCCACGACGGGCCCUCGACGCCCCGCGUGCUUUUGAUGGGCGCGCGGCGCGCCGGUAAGUCGUCGAUCCAGAAGGUCGUCUUCCACAAGAUGUCCCCACACGAGACGCUCUUCCUGGAGCCGACGAAUAAGCUUGUCAAGAACGACAUUGCGAACUCCUCCUUUGUGCAGUUCGAGGUUUGGGACUUUCCGGGCCACGUUGACACCACCUCGGCCGCCGUCAAGCCCGAGCUCACCUUUGGCGGCUGCAGCGCACUCGUCUGGGUCAUCGAUGCGCAGGACGACCACGCAGAGGCGCUCGCGCGGCUGCAGGCCACGAUAGGGACGGCGUACCGGAUCAACCCGAGCAUCGUCUUCGAGGUUCUCGUGCACAAGGUGGACUCCUUCUCCGAGGACCAGCGGAUCGAGUGCCAGCGCGAGCUGCAGGCGCACCUCUCCGAGGAGCUCACCGCCGCACGGCUGCAGCACGUCAAGGUCAACUUUCACCUCACCUCCAUCUACGACCACUCGGUCUUCGAGGCCUUCUCCAAGGUGGUGCAGCAGCUCAUCCCUCAGCUGCCCACCCUCGAGUCGCUGCUCGACAUCCUCGUCGCCUCGUGCCGCAUCGAGAAGGCCUUCCUCUUCGACGUCGUCUCGAAGAUCUACAUCGCAACCGACUCGUCGCUGGUCGACAUGCAGUCGUACGAGCUCUGCGCCGACAUGAUCGACGUCGUCAUCGACGUCUCCUGCAUCUACGGCCUCGGCGAGGGGGCUGACGACGGCACUGGCUCCACCGCCUCAAACUGCGUCAUCACUCUCAACAACGGCACCGCCCUCUUUCUGCGAGAGAUGAACCGCUCGCUCGCGCUGGUCUGCAUCCUCAAGGAGUCUGUGAUGCAGCAGCAGGGCUUGCUCGAGUACAACUGCGCCUCCUUCCGAAAGGCGCUCGGAGAACUCUUCCGGCUGCCCAACCAGCCCAAGUGACGCGGCGACAUCCGGACUUGGUUGGACAGCGAGACAGGUCGCGGGAGCCGGGAGGUCGUGGAGCUCGCGAGAACCGAGAACAACAACAGCCCACCCUCGGCCUCGCGACUCGCGCUGUUCUCCGUAUUCCGACACGCGACCGCACAGCGCUACGGUGGAGGUGUCCUCUUUUCUGUUAUUUGCAUGUACAAUAGAGACAAAAAA